AUGGUGCUGCUAGAUAAGAAAUCUACCCAGGGAUCAGGCACUGCAGCUGACCUGGCUUUCAAAUACAAAGAGAAAUAUUAUUUCCCAUUACCAAGCCUAACUCUUUUAUCUUCAUGUUUUUUGUUGUUUUUGGUUUUGUUUGUGGUGAUGCUGGAAGUGAAUGGUGAAUUUAUUGUUGAGGUGAAAGAACUAGACAUUGAGAACGGCACGACAACGUGGCAGAUGGUCCGAAGACAGAAGAGGGAGUGGAUCAAGUUCGCUGCCGCCUGUAGGGAAGGCGAAGACAACUCAAAGAGGAAUCCAAUUGCCAGAAUUCGAUCAGACUGCGAAGUGAGCCAGAAAAUCACAUAUCGAAUCUCUGGAGCAGGGAUUGAUCGUCCACCUUAUGGAGUGUUCACUAUCAACCCUCGGACUGGGGAAAUCAACAUCACCUCAGUGGUGGACAGGGAGAUAACCCCACUGUUCCUGAUUCAUUGUCGGGCUCUGAAUUCCCGGGGAGAAGAUUUGGAGAGGCCUCUGGAGCUCAGAGUCAAAGUCAUGGACGUGAAUGAUAACCCCCCAGUCUUCACACAGAACGUGUACACAGCCAACAUCGAAGAAAACAGUGAUGCCAAUGCACUGGUGGUAAAGUUAAGUGCUACAGAUGCAGACGAAGACAAUCACUUGAACUCUAAAAUCGCUUACAAGAUCAUCUCCCAAGAACCCGCAGGUGCACCCAUGUUCAUGGUGAACAGGUACACUGGAGAAGUCCGCACGAUGUCCAAUUUCCUUGACAGAGAGCAACACAGCAUGUACAACCUACUGGUAAGGGGUUCGGAUCGAGACGGAGCCACAGACGGGCUAUCCUCCGAAUGCGACUGCAGAAUCAAGGUUUUAGACGUCAACGAUAAUUUCCCCAUCUUGGAGAAAACUUCGUACUCAGCAAGUAUUGAAGAGAAUUGUUUGAGCUCAGAACUGAUACGAUUACAAGCAAUUGAUCUUGAUGAAGAAGGCACAGACAACUGGUUGGCCAAAUAUUUAAUCCUCUCUGGUAAUGACGGGAACUGGUUCGAAAUUCAAACAGAUCCACAAACCAACGAGGGCAUUUUGAAAGUCGUCAAGAUGCUGGAUUAUGAACAAGUGCCUAAUAUUUACCUCAGCAUUGGAGUUAAAAACCAAGCUGAAUUUCACCCCUCAGUUGCUUCUCAAUUCCAAAUGCACUCAACCCCUGUGAGAAUUCAGGUUGUUAAUGUGAGGGAAGGACCCACGUUUCAACCAAGUUCCAAGACUUUUAGCUUACGAGAAGGAAUAAGAGGAGAUUCCUUAAUGAACUAUGUGUUGGGAACAUACACAGCCAUCGAUACGGACACUGGAAAUCCUGCAACAAAUGUCAGGUACAUCAUAGGGCAUGAUGCAGGCAGCUGGUUAAAAGUUGAUUCACGGACUGGUGAGAUCCAGUUUUCUAGGGAAUUUGAUACAAAGUCAAAAUACAUUACUGAUGGAAUGUACGCAGCAGAGCUCCUGGCUAUAGAUGAUGGCUCUGGAAAAACAGCUACGGGAACCAUUUGUAUUGAGGUUCCGGAAGCCAACGACUACUGCCCAGUCAUUCAUGCUGAAAACAGCAUCAUCUGCAUCGGCACGACGUCCACCCUCAUCUACGUCAACGAUCGUUCCUUUGGGUCUCCCUUUACCUUCUGUGUUGUUGACCAGACACUAGACACAGCUAGCAAGUGGGUUAUCAGUCCCCUCAACGAAACCUCUGCACUGCUUAUGACUGAGGACACUUUAUCUCCUGGAUCUUACCAAAUCCCAGUCCUGGUGAAGGACAGCCAUAACAGAGCAUGCGAAUUGCCUCAGAUUGUGCUGCUGGAAGCCUGCUACUGUGACACCUACCACAUAUGCUCCCACUCAAGUACCACAGGCGUCUACUCCGGGGACCCCAGCUGGGUGAUAACUGACAACUAUGGGACUGUCACUGACGACGGAGUCAGACAGUCAAAUGUUAGACUUGGGCCAGCAGGGAUUGGCAUGAUCGUCCUGGGCCUCUUACUGCUGCUCUUGUCCCCUCUUUUGCUGCUUAUGUGUUGCUGUAAGCGAAGACAGCCAGAAGGCCUGGGGACCAGGUUUGCUCCUGUGCCAGAGGGAGGUGAAGGAGUGAUGCAGCCCUGGAGAAUAGAGGGGGCCCGUCCUGAGGACAGAGAUGUGUCAAAUAUAUGUGUACCCAUGACAGCCUCUAAUACCCAAGAUCGCAUUGACUCCUCUGAAAUCUACACCAACACCUAUGCCGGUGGAGGCACUGUGGAAGGGGGUGUGUCAGGAGUGGAGCUCAAUACAGGUAUUGGGACAGCUGCGGGCCUGGUGACUGGGGCAGCAGCAGGAGCCCUGAGGAAGAGAGGAUCAACCAUAGGGACGCUGCGGGAAUACCAGGACACCGGCAUGAACAUGGCCUUCCUGGACAGCUAUUUCUCUGAGAAAGCAUAUGCGUAUGCAGAUGAGGAUGAAGGCAGACCAGCCCAUGACUGCCUGCUCAUCUACGAUCACGAGGGCGUGGGCUCUUCCGUGGGCUCCAUUGGUUGCUGCAGUUGGAUUGUGGAUGAUGUAGAUGAAAGCCACAUGGAGACUUUUGAUCCAAAAUUCAGGACUCUUGCUGAAGUCUGCCUGGACACAGAAAUCGAGCCCUUCCCUUCACACCAGGCCUGUAUACCCAUCAGUACUGACCUUCCUCUGCUCGGCCCUAAUUACUUUGUUAGUGACUCUUCAGGAAUGACUCUGUCAGAGGCUGAAUUCCAAGCAGAGAUGGCAGCGGCAUCUGAGCCCAUAAUUCACGGGGAUAUCAUAGUGACUGAGACCUACACUACUGGUGACCCCUGUGUACAACCCACGACAAUUGUUUUUGAUCCUCAGCUUGCACCCAAUGUGGUGGUAACCGAAACGGUAAUGGCACCUGUCUAUGAUGUUCAGGGGAAUAUCUGUGUACCCGCAGAAAUAGCCAACACACACAAUGUGUACUAUGCUGAGAGAGUAAUGGCUAGCCCUGGUAUGCCAGACAUGAACAACAGCAACAUGACUGAUGCUUGUAUGGCGCCCGUGAUGAGUGGAGGUAUCUUGGUAGGACCAGAAAUUCAGGUGACACAAGUGGUGAGCCCUGACAUUCACAUUAGCCAAACCAUGGGCUCCACUUCCCCCGUGGCCUCUCGACAGCGAGUAACACGAUAUAGCAAUAUACAUUACUCCCAACAAUGA